AUGGCAACAUUGGAACCCGACAGCCCCACGACGAAGGUCGAACUCGUACCAAAACUAUUUCACAAUUUCGUUGGUGUCUAUCAGCCCACGGAUGCCCUUUUAGAGUAUGUACAGGCGUCUGUGCCCCAGCUCAAGAACGUUCAGAAUGUCCAUAGAGUGUUUGAAAUAGAUCCCGCCAUCCUCCUCAGGUCCUUGGAUCCCAUUGCCACGGACAACUCUCCAUACUUUGUCAUUCCCCUGAACCGAAUGUUCGAGGCCACCAGGAAGCUUAUUAGACCCAUUUGGAAGGAAUUUAGGGACUUCUACUACCCUGAAAUCUUCGCAGAACAGUCUCCCCUCAAUCCACUAUUCGACUACUGGAGAUCAAAUCACAGCGUCGAACCGAAAAUAGCUGUCAUGCGGGAAGGUAUCAUCGAUCUUUCGAGCAUUGUACUCCUCGUCAUGAUACCAAUAUUUGAAACUGGUGAUGUCAGGAUACAAGCGAGCCCAAUCGAUGGCGGAGAUCUUAUCACAAUUGAAUGGCAUCCUGGAUCGGUGAUUCUUGUCCCUUCAAAGUCAGAUCUAAUACUGCGUGGAAAAGGUCAGUUGGUCUGUCAGGUCUUCAGCUUCGCCCAGAUCCAGUUCAUAAGCCAGCGAUCCUAG